GCCUGGGCGGUGGAGGCCUAGCUUUUGCUGGAGUCGUGAGGUUCGGCACCUUGCCUUACCCUUGGCCGGGUCGCCCUGCUGAGGCAGCUCCUAACGUCCCGUGCGGCGGGAAUCCGUGGAGACGUCCCCACAUCCUGAGAGGUGAAAAAGAAGAUAAAAUACCAGGCUGUUUCUUAUCAUCAUCAAUAACUUUCUGUAGACGCUGAAACCGAUCACUGUCCUUCAAAAUGCAAUGGAAUGUACCACGGACUAUGUCUCGGCUGGCACUCAGGACAUUCUUGGAAGCACAGAAAGCCAGGCUCUUUGAUCACCAUCGGAGCAUAAAAGGACCGUUACUUGUGCACAGAGGUGAAUACAGAGUGGUUUGGACACCACACCUUCGAAAGCAGUGGCUACAUUUAUCUGCAGUUCAGUGCCUUGCGAAGCAAAGGAAUCUGUCAGAUGCUCAGCCACCUCAGCUGGGGGCCCUUCGCCAGGAAAGAUGGGAGAAGGAUCUUUUAUCCAAGAGGGUUUUAUCUUCCAGUUCCACAUCCCAGGAAACUCCGUCGGAAAAAAAGGAAGAACCAGAUCCUUUACAAGACAAAUCUAUUAGUCUGUAUCAACGAUUUAAGAAAACAUUUAGACAAUAUGGAAAAGUUUUAAUUCCUGUGCAUCUAAUAACUUCUGGUAUUUGGUUUGGAACAUUUUACUAUGCAAGUAUAAAAGGAGUGAAUGUCAUCCCCUUCCUAGAGGUCAUUGGGUUACCUGACAGUGUAGUAGACAUCCUGAAAAACUCCCAAAGUGGGAAUGCACUGACAGCCUAUGCCAUGUUUAAGAUUGCAACGCCUGCCCGAUACACUGUGACCUUGGGAGGAACAUCCAUUACCGUUAAGUAUUUGCGAAGUCAUGGCUACAUGUCAACCCCACCCCCUGUCAAGGAGUAUCUGCAGGGCAGGAUGGAAGAGACCAAGGAGCUCAUCACAGAGAAAAUGGAAGAGACAAAGGACAGACUCACUGAAAAGUUACAAGAAACCAAAGAAAAAGUUUCUUUUAAGAAAAAAGUGGAAUAAGGGUGCCUUAUUACAGAAAAUCUUACACUUUAACCCUCUGUAGACUCUGGGCAGAGAACAUGUUUCUGAUUUUUUUCUUUUUUCUUUUUUGGGUUACUUGCCUAAAUGUAUUCAUUCUCUGAGGGUUAAAGAACAAAAAUAGUUGUUGUUUUUUUUUUAAGUUAAAUAACAAUAGGGAAAAUCAAUGUUUUUCAAAAUGAAGAAAUGAACCCAGCAUACAAAUUUUAUAUGAGUUGCAGCAAUAAGCAGUAGUUAAUGUCCUAGAAAUCAGAGUCUUUUGCUUCAUUUCUCUGACACCUGCAGUAAGUGUGUGCUGGUCAGUCCACUCCUAGAGGAAAUGUCAUUAAGUACCCAGUUCUGUGAGAAUGAACUUACACCAUUCAAACUCUGGAUGAAGAGACUGGAGAAGUUCCCUACCAUUUACCACCUUAUUUCAAGAAGGUUGUGUAAAGAAUCAGUCUUACAUUUAUAAAUAAGAUAUAUUGGCUGUGUAAUGAAAUGAUCUUUUAAAAUGGUUUUUAACUGGAGCUUGUCAACUUCCAUUUUUUAAAGCUAAUUCCUUUUCAAUCCUGACUAUGCUUGAAUACCAGACAGUGGCCAUGGUGUCUGAAACUGUGUCAGUAGCAUGCUUGAUGCCAGCUGAGACUUAUUUUUUCCAUUCAAUUGCUGUCAAUUGCCAGAACAUCUGAAGCCUUUGGAAAUUGGUAUUUAUGGAGAUUUUUGGUGCAGUGAAGUUCAGUGAAUCCUCAGGAAACACUAGGUUUCACCAAAAGAGAGUGCUUUCCCAUGAAAAUGAAGGUUAAAGCCUGCGAUGUGUUUAUUAAGAGGGCAAAUGUCCUAUGAAGUAUUCCCAGUACUAUAAAACGAAAGCAGAACAACUGUGUGCAACAAAGCAUGUGCAUUCUUCACUGCCUCGGCAGAUGUGUGCCUUGUGUACAGGGGACAACAUCACAAGACCUACACCUAGAAGACAGUGUAUGGCUAGUGUGCCCAUACCUUCAGGUUGGAUGGGAAAAAAGAUGGAACCUCAUUGGCCAGCAGUUAUCACUUCAUGUGGACACAGAGGAUAUGGUGGGCUGUUCCAGCUCCCUUAAGUGGCCCCUUGUCUUUAGCUCUGCUUGACUGAGACAAUUGUACAUGCUUUGUAAAUGAAAGUUUGGAACUCCCUCCAGCCAGGGACAUUGAUUAUCUGAGGUGAGUUCUUGAACCAUCUAAAGCCUGCUGAACCCAAGGUCUGAGCUGCUCUUUGCUGUAUAGAUGAAGUAUUUACAAAAACAAGCCACCUCAACCCCAUGCCAAAGAUGCUGUGGCAAGUAGCAUGUCCCAGCUUACCUCGGGGUAUCAUGAGAUUCUCAGCACAUGAAGACCAAGUUGGGCUGGUGGUCCCUGGAAGAGUGGGGUGACAUGGUUGCGCUUGGGUUUCCAGCCCCUCUUGCUGUCUGUUCAGGUGAUUGUUUUAUACUCACAAGUGAUUGACAACUGAAGAAAUGCUAAGUGAGAACACUAUCUGACAGGUUAAAUUACAGGAGCCACUGAACAUAACUACUGUGGCGUUGAAAGAUUUUAAGGGAAUUCUCAAGGCCUUUGGGAUGUGUAGUUAUCGGUGGUGCAGUCACAUUAGCAGAACCAGCUUUUGCUCUUACUUUUUUUUUCUUUUUUUGGAAAUAAGACAGAGCAAUGAAAUUUGCAUUCUUGAGGCAAAAGUUAAAGUCUUGAUAAAAAUACAGUAUUUGAAACUGAUUUUCCAAAUACAAGGGCUUUACCUUAGGGGCUGAUGUUUCAAAGUGUGUGUUUUAAUUAGAAUCUAUAUAAGCCAAACAGAUCAAGACAGAGUGAGGAAAAUGUAAUGUGUUUUAAGUAAUGUAAUUUAAGUAAUUCGUGUUAAAUAAUGGGUUCUUAUAAACUGUUAAUGCAAGUAGUACCACCGGGAAACAGAAUUAACGGUUUUCAAAGGCCAGUAUGAGCUGUUGUCUGAAAGGUCUUUGUUUUCUGCAUCAGGUCUUACCAGAGGUCUUCAGAGCUUGCUAGGUCCUCAGCCAGGGGACCUGGGCAGAAGUCCCACAAGGCACUGUCUAUUUUGAACUGGAGUCACAGCUCUAAGGCUCAGCCUUCCUGUUUUGUCAAAACAUAUUCCUCAUCGGUGUCUUCUGGCAUCCUCCUAUUUUUCCUGAAACAACUGAGAACCUGAGUUGGAUUUUUUUUUCCUUUGAGAGGAACUCAUAUCCGUCAUCACGGAAGUGAUCAGUACCAGUGGCAGAGGGAAGGGAGAGCCUGACACCCGUCAUCCCUGCUCAUACCAGUGUUUACCUUGGGAGAUCUGGAGACUGUCUCCAAUGACCUGCUGAAUUGAGAAUUUCUCUGAGAGCAUAGGUUUUACCGGUGACUAAGGAUGAGAGGCCCUAUAUUUGCUUGUUAAGUUUUAUAAAUGUCUCACCAAAAUAAUCUCACUCUGAAUCUAAGAGAAUGUUAGGACUAGAAUUUGGGCCCAACCACUAUUCCACUAAGACCUUGGAAUUUUGUUCAUUACAAAUUUACAGAAAUGGAAAAAGCAUUCUAGUCUCAUGCUAGAUUCACCUUUUCUCAUUGGGUGGUAGGUUGUGUGGGGUUAGCACAUCCUCAUGUCAUCUGGAAUUGUUACCCUUACUCAGAGCACACAUCAAUACUCUCCUCUCAGUGUAGGUCACAGAACAUCUGAAAGCCUCCACCAUCAGGGAAUAGUGUUUGUUGACAGGCCUACUUAGCUUGCUGUGUGACAGCCAUGUAAAGCCCCUAUGGGCUCAAUGUAUUCUCAGGAACCAGUUCUGAAUGUCCUGUGUUAGAACUCAGGAUUGAGAACCUGUGAUCUUUCCAGGUCUCUAACACACUAGAAAAUCCUUUUAAAAGUCAGUGACAGACCGGUGAAAACAGGACUGAAAGCGUUCACUGCCAAGAAUGCUCUGGGAACUCAUGUGGUAGACAGACCUGACUCGAGCAGGUGGCCCUCACCACACAUGAGCUGUCACACAUACAAAUAUUUUAAAGCCAGUAAUUAGGGAAUGAUCAGCAGGAUCCUGUGGGUUGGUGUGUAGUUCAAGGAAGCGCUCUGCCUUGGGUCCUAUCUCUGAACAUCACAAACAAGGCAUUUUCUGAGUCUGGUCAUAGACACACCAGUUUUCUAUUUGUUGUAUCUGACAAGUGAACAAACAACCCCAUGGAACAGAUUAUUUAUCACUGAUUAUUUUUAAUGAUUUUGUGCUAUGAUUUGACCAUGGCAUUAAGAACAAGCAGAAAACCUGAUGUCAUAACUAACAAACAGCACUUGUGCAGCAUCUUUAUCAAAAGUAUUGCAAUUACAGACCUGAGGUCUAAACCACAUCACCGCCUGGGCAGAGGAUGCAGGUGGAUGACAGUUGUGAAUCACUUCCUGUAUAGAAGCAAGAAUCAUGGUAAAGAGUAAGCAUAUGGUUGUUUAAACACAAAAGGACUCUGACUUCUGAUCGUCAUAGCUCACAGAGAUCGGAAGGUUUGAAUACAGUUGUAUUUUUUUAGUAGAUUGCUUUAUAAUAAAAAUUAAAUGAACUAAA